UUCACAUUCCCCCUUCUCUCCUCUUCUCUCUUCGAUAAUUUCGCCUUUCUUCUUCUUCUUCUUCUAUCUCAUUGUUUCUUCCUCGAUCAAGAUUCAUUUUCAAAGAUCUCAUAUCUUGUGGGAUUAAUCAAUAAAAAUAGUUAGAAAAAAACAUUGAUGCUUAACCAGCAGUUCUUGGUCUUUGAGACACAUGUCUCCAAUUAUACUCAGUGAGAUCUUCCUCUCUGGGUUUAUGCUAAACUCCACAGUCAGGCGCAGGACCCAUCUCGUUCAAUCUUUCUCUGUUGUCUUCCUUUACUGGCUUUACUACGUCUCAUAGUUUCUGAAACUCUCCAAGCAUAAUUAAUCUUUCAUAUAUAUUAUAUACUCUUAUAACUAUAUCAAAACCCUAGCUAGUUAUCUUUAAAAUAUAUUUUCUUUUGUUUACAUUUAGUUUUUUUUUGUCAUCAAUCUUGGUCCUGUCCUGUUUUAAAUUGACCCUAAAAACCAUUUAAAAAAAAAUAUUAUAUCUCUUCUCUUUGGAGGCUUGUUUGUUAGCUUACUGCAUGGAAUCGUCGUCGUCGGGAACAACUUCGUCGGCGAUUCAAACGUCCUCCGGGUCAGAGGAGUAUCUCAUGGAGCAGAGGAAACGUAAGAGGAUGCUCUCAAACCGUGAGUCAGCGAGGAGAUCAAGGAUGAAGAAACAGAAACUCCUCGACGAUCUAACGGCUCAGGUUAACCAGCUCAAGAAAGAGAACAACGAGCUCGUGACAAGUGUCAGCAUCACGACGCAGCACUACUUGACCGUGGAAGCAGAGAACUCUGUUCUUAGAGCUCAGGUCGAUGAACUCAGCCACAGGCUCGAAUCUCUCAACGACAUCCUCGGGUUCUUAGAAAAUACCAACGGGGUUUGUCCGAACCCUCUGACUGGUCCAGAGUCAGAUGACUUCCUCGUGAAUCAAAUGAAUAUGAACAUGUUUCAUAUGAUGAACCAGCCUCUCAUGGCAUCUUCUGAUGCUUUGCUGUAUUAGAAAUGUGGACCAAACAAAGAACCUCGAAAUUACGUAAUGGGACCGUUUCUUUGUCAGAUUUUAAGAUAUGUCCAAAGAGAAAGAGAGAGAUAUGUAUAAAUGGGUAUGUUGUUUGAUUGUUCUAGUAUUUCAUUUUCUUGUUGUGCUUUGUUCCGUCUUUGGCGCUAGGUAUUAAAAGCAUCUUUAUGAGUGUGUUUGUAAUAAAGACUCUGUUGCCGCAUGAGUACAAAGUGUUUUCUUAAUACUAUUGUAGUAUACUUUUA